AUGGCAUGGUCUUCAUACCACGCCGCUUCGAACGCUUCCGGUACGCCUGGCCAAGACCAGAGUGCUAGGGAUCUUUACCAUCCCUAUGGUUCUGCUGCUCAUCAGUACCCGCCCUCCGUGGCCGCAGAGCCAUCGAUGUUCUCCGAGAACCACCUUCUGUACAAUACGCUCAUGCAACACUCCUCUGCAUCAGUUCACCCCAGCUACUCCAUUCCUUUUGCUUCGGCUCAUGCCAACUUCAAUUCUGCCAAUCACAAUACGGUACACCAUCCCUCGAUCGAGAACAAUAGACCCAGUGAGCCCUCCACUAUGGGGUAUCUCAGCUCUGGACAUAGUAGUAUGUGCUCUACACCAUCGGGAUCGGGGUCAUCAACUCCGUCUAUGUAUGAGAUACCCCAAUCAAGUGUCAGUGGACCUGAAGUCCAGACCAUCUGUGGCGGUGGUCGAGCACAUAGACCGAAACACGACGAACUCUACGGCACGUACAUAUGCAACUGGAAAGACUGUAAAUACCGCGGUAUGUUCUCUCGCAAGGGAGUUCUCAUGCGCCAUAUAGAAACGCAGCAUGUCGCACCGCACUCAUUCGACUGUCCUGUGUGUGGAAAGCUCUUCUGUCGGCGGGACAAUAUGACCGAGCACUUGGGGAGAGUUCAUUGUCAGCGAGUCUGA